AUGAAACAUAAACGUAGACAAAUUAGUACCGAAUCAAAUCAAUGUCAAUCUGAUGUUACAAAUGGUUUAUUAUUACCUGUGAAUGAAAUCAUUGAAAUCCCAAUUGAAACUAUAUUAACACCAACGCCACCACCAACACCAUCACCACCACCACCAACAACAACAACUACGACCCCAACUGUAACCAUCAACACAAUACAGAGUUGUACUGAAAAAUAUAAACUAUUAUUUAGUAGAAUAUUAGAUUGUAAAUUAUUUCACAUGAUUAUUGUUGGAUUAUGCGCAUUAGAUGGAAUACUUGUUAUAUGUAUGCUUCUAUUAGAAAUUGAAUCAUUAAAAUUAAAGCCAUGCCCAUUACGUUAUCGUCUUAAUUUCACUUCAUUUAUAUUUGAAUGUAUUAGUUAUACAAUCAUUUUAUUAUUUCUUAUUGAAAUUCCAAUUAAAUUAUGGACAUUUGGUUAUCAAUUUUAUCAAUAUCAAUGGAUUGAAUUAUUAGAUGUAUUCGUAUGUAUAAUUAGUUUUACAGUAGAUACAUAUAAUAUCCAUCGACAUAUUAUAGAAACUAAAUUGAAUAAAAUGAAUAAUACAAUGAAUGAAUAUACAAUAGAUGAUAAUCUAGAACAAACAUUGAAUACAACAAUUGCUGAUGCUGCUGGUUUAUUAGUAUUAUUUCGUCUAUGGCGUGUAAUACGUAUUGUGAAUUCUAUCAUUGUUUCUGUUACUGCUACACAUGAAAGAAAUAUGAAAUCAUUAAAAGAAGCUCAUCAUAUUUCAUUGAAACGUAUUUAUGAAUUGGAACAACUACUUCAAGAUAAUAAUAUAUCAAUACCUUCAUUAACACCAAAGAGUCAAUCUAUAUUAGCAAAAAUAUUUUAA